UCCAGUCCUUCCCCUUCCCUUUCCCUUUCCCUUUCGAUUCCGGCGGCGCCGUCAUCACAUCACCUCCAUCGCAUCUCGCCCUCCAUGGCUCGCAUCUCACCCACCGAUUGCGUCCUUCUCCACGCCAAUGGCUUCGACGGCACCAACUUCCCUUGGAACUCCACCACCGCCUUGGCCUUGACCAAUCAAGGUUGCAGCAUCGGUGCGACCUUAAGCUGCCCCGAGCGUCCGCUGCUCCCCACAAUCCUCUUCGUGGAAUGCCAUGGCGUUGACUUCAUCAACGAGCCCCCACGCAUCAUCCGCGCGGUGGAAGACACCAUCCUCUUCAGCGUCCUCAUCGGUCCUCGGCCAGUCGUCUCGCCGUGCAAGUACGAAUACUUCAUCUACCGGGUCGGGGACGUUCCGACGCUUCAGCUGCUGCCGCCCCCGCUUGACAACUUCAUAGACGAGGAUGCAGGCCUCCUUCUCCACGGGGAAAGCGAAUUCAUGGUGGCCUCGUUGGUCUCUACACGCAAAUUUGACUUCUACGAGCUCCACCGCUUCGACUCCAGGACUGGGGUGUGGAGCCAAGUGGUGGUGCGAUUGGUGGAGCCGCAGAUGUCGUUCCCCUUCAGGAUCACCAGGAACUCAAGCCGACUUGGCUACCAUCUCACGUCCGCCGUGAUCACCAUCGGAGGCGAAGGUGGAAGGAUGGGCUGGGUCGAUCUCUGGCGUGGCAUCCUCAUCUGUGACGUGCUCGAUUCGGAGCCUGAGCUCCGUGGCGUGCCCCUGCCGUUGCCGAUGGACCUGCUGACAUGCAACAAUGGUCGGGGAGCUGAGAUAGGAGGCUACGCAAAUCCCAUCCGCGGGAUUGCCGUCGUCGGUCAAUGCCUCAGGUUUGUUCAUUUGGAAGCCAUCAUCUCCACCGCCUCCAGGACUACUCUGCCUACUUAUAGCAGCGACAGUGACGAAGAAACAGAAACCUUUCCUGACCGGGUGAUGUCUGACUGGGUGAUCCAUACAUGGAGCAACUCCAAGAUGACUGCCUCCUGGGAGGACUGGAUCGUGGACUGCAAGGCCAGAGCAUCCCACGCCACGAUCCCCAGAAAGGUCAUGUCAAAGAUGCUAAACUCCGGAUUGCUGUCACCUGAAGGAGCAAAUCCAGUGCGAGCCUUGGGGAACCUCUGGGUGUCCCACCCAGCUCCUGGCACUGAUGAUGGUGUCGUAUACCUGCUGGCCAGACUCAAAUUCGAGGACCCGAAGGCAUUCAUCAUCGCUCUUGACACCAGGGAGAAUACUCUGCUAGGCUCAGCCAAUUUCGCCACUGAAAAGAAACGCGGUGCUGGCAUCAUGUAUUUCCCAAGUAACAUCUCAAAGUAUAUCGACCCAGAGGAUAGGAGUUUUCCUAUCUCCAAAGGUGUUGAAGAUAACUACGAGGAGUCAAGCCUGAAUGAAGGCACUGAAUCUGUUGAGUUUCCGUUUGAAAAGAUAAUUUACUCUGGCUUGAAGUGUUGUUGGUAGCUAGAGGUGAAUGUGAGCUCGUUUGUGAUAAAAUCCAGGUCUUUACAGUGCUCGAUCUGGUCCCAUGAUCUCAUGUCGAUUGUGACAUGAGUACAAAUCUGCUAUAUUGGUCUUGACAGUACUUGGGCCCUGUUUGUUUUUACCCCUCAAGAUUAUAUAAUCUAACUAUUAAGCUGUGAGCUAUUUGGCAAUCUAGAUUACUGGUAACCUGGUUAUUAUCUGCA